UGCAGGAAAGGCUUUUUCUCUCUCUAAUAAGAGGCGCGAUAGAAACACCUGAGGCGACUCCGUCAACUUCUCCCACCUCCCUCGUAUUCUUGGCCACCGGCCACUACCCUUUGUUCCCCCACCAUCUAAACCACCCCUAGAAAGAAGCCACGCCAUCAACUUCCGUCCUCCCCUAAUCUCCGCGCGUCGUAAUCCUCAGCCCAUACCAUCACCGGCCACGACGGACGGCGGGCGACAAUCAUGGCCGGCCGGCGGCCUCUACCGCUCUUCCUGGCGCUGGUCUUCCUCGCGGCACCUCCCGACGCCGCGCGCUCGUCGGAGGACGCCGACGUCCUCCUUGACUUCAAGGCUGCCAUGUCCGAUCCCACCGGCGCUCUCCGGAGCUGGGUGCCCAGCUCCGCCCCGUGCGGCAACGGCACCGCAAGCUGGGCCGGAAUCAUCUGCGACCACGACGGCAGCGUCUCGGGGUUGCGACUCGAGGGCAUUAGCCUCUCCGGCUCGUUAAACGUCGCCUUCCUCGGGCGCUUGCCGAGGUUGCGCACUCUCAGCUUCACGAACAAUAACUUCGAGGGGGCGAUGCCCGACGUCGGGAGGCUCGGGAACUUGAGAGCAGUAUACCUGUCGACGAACAAAUUCUCCGGCGAGAUCCCCGACGAUGCCUUCGCCGGCAUGAACUGGCUCAAGAAACUCUAUCUCUCCCAUAAUGGCUUCUCGGGCUCCAUCCCGGCGUCCAUUGCGGCAUUACCCAAACUUCUGGAGCUGGGGCUGGACGACAACAGGUUCGGUGGUGAGAUCCCGGACCUGCAGGUGAAGCAAAUGAAUCGGGUGAACCUGUCGAACAAUGACUUGGAAGGGCGCAUACCGGAUGUCCUCAGGAAGAUGGACGCGGAUGUCUUCUCGGGCAACAAACGCCUGUGCGGUGAACCUCUUCGAGUCCCAUGCCAGCCGCCGUCGCCGUCGCUAUCCACGAUGUCGCCAUCCACGUCGUCGCGAGGCUCAGCUCAUCAUCCGAUCAUCUUCACGACGAUUGCGAUCGGCCUCGUCGUAGCAGUCGUCGCGGCGAUAUUCCUCGUGCCCCGCCGUCGGCAAACGGGGGAUGAUGGACUCGGGCAGUCUCUGCCACCGGAGAACUCAAAGUUUGCAUCAUCUGAGGAGGAAAAGCUAGAAGCGGGAGUGGCCGGAUGCCACCGUGGGGGGGGCGGCAGCGGGAAGAAGGUCGCCAAGGACCACGAGCAAGGGCGGCUGGUCUUCGUGAGGGAGAACAGGGUAAGUUUCCAGCUGCAGGACCUGCUCAAGUCCUCAGCUGAAGUGCUCGGAACCGGGAACUUUGGGUGCUCCUACAAAGCCACCUUGUCGAACGGCGCUUCGGUGGUGGUGAAGAGGUUCCGGCACAUGAACAGGGUGGGGAAGGGGGAAUUCGAAGAGCACAUGAGAAGGUUGGGGAGGCUGUGCCACCCCAAUCUGCUGCCACUGGUGGCUUACUACUACAGGAAGGAUGAGAAGCUAUUGGUCACAGACUACAUGGCUAAGAGGAGCCUGGCCAAUGCCCUCCAUGGCUGCCGUGCAUCAAACAUUCCGGCAUUGGACUGGUCCACACGACUAAAAGUAGUCAAAGGAGUAGUCAAGGGACUAAAUUACCUCAAAGAAGAGCUGCAGAUGCUAAGUGUUCCCCACGGCCAUCUGAAAUCCUCCAAUGUUCUUCUCGACGAUUCGCUCGAGCCACUACUGACGGACUAUGCCCUCCUCCCCGUGAUGAACCAGGCUCACUCGGGGCAGUUCAUGGCCGCCUACAAGUCGCCCGAGUGCAAGCAGCAGGGAAGAACAUCAAAGAAGAGCGAUGUUUGGAGCUUCGGAGUACUGAUACUGGAGAUCCUGACGGGGAAGAUCCCCACCACGGAGUUGGGGCAAGAGAAGGGGGGCUUAGAUUUGCAAGGAUGGGUGUAUUCAGUCACCCAGGAAGAAUGGAGCAGCAAAGUGUUGGACAGUGAGCUCAAAGCAACAAAGGACAGCGAGGGACAGAUGCACAAACUGAUGCAGAUUGGAUUGGCUUGCUGCAGGGAAGACAUUGAGAACAGAUGUGAGCUGGAAGAAGCUCUUGACAGGAUUGAGGAACUGAAGGGGGGAGACACAAACGAAGACUGUGCGAGAAUCCUCGCUACGGACGGAGAGAACGAUCUUUCGACCGUUGACAUCAAAUGAGAAUUAAUCACAGUGAGAAAAAUUGAUAAGAGACGGAGUUAGAAAUGAAGCAAUCCACAAUGCAAGAGGGGAUAGACCUAGCUAUUGGUUCUGUAACAUUGAGGAGAGAGUUAAAAGUGGUAGGAAUCAUGAAAGAAUGGUUUUGUUCUAGGAUCCAAACACAUUUACCUAAUAUUUUUAGCACCUUUUAAUGCUCACUUCUCCUAGUUUCCACAUGAAUCUUAUCCCUUGGUUUUUUUCGGCUUGAUGACCAAAGGAUUUUUCUGUUUAUACAAUAAACUCCAUAUAAUAACUAUUAUCUAGCAAAGAAAUUUCAACUAUUUUGAAUUGUCUAAAGCUUGCAAUUUAAUCAAGCAUCAAUUUUGCAUUGCCAUAGCAUAACUGUGCACUUAAACAACAUCCUAAAUUAUUAGAUCAAAGCCUAUAAAAAGGUCCAAGCAAAUCCUUCCUCCUGAUAAAAGAUAUACUAAAUUAUAACUCCCUUUAACAUGAUCUCUCUCUCUCACACACUCACAAAACUUGAGUUCAAAUAUUAAGGAUAUUAAUGUUUGAUGCUGCAAACUUGAAGGUGAAGACAGAAAGAGAAAAGGUCAGUGAACUGAAUCAACCACAAGGGAGCAGAGGGCAAACUUGACAAGAAAUAACUCUUGAGUAAGCAAAAGUUGAACAAGUUGUAUUGACAUCAACUAAAAAUGGAUCUAAAGUAGUUAGAAGUUCAAUAGGAUGAGCAGACAAGAAAUUGUUGUUUAUUUAAGAAGUUCAAAUUAUGCUUCCUUUCUUACCAUUAUUUCCAAUUCAUUUUGUUCAUAGCAUCAGACUUCCACUUUAGCUUCUUCACAGUAGUGAUAUAACAUGGUAGAGAAAAGGAGAAAUAAGGAUGCUCAUGACAAAUCCUAGAAAGUAUAUAGUGUAGCU